AAAAAAUCGAAUCCCGCGUUUUAUGUUUGCAAUUGCGUUCGGGGUCAAAACUUGUUAUUUAAUUAAAUAAAAGAGAAAUGCCAGAGGAAACAGGAAUUGUGGUUGUAGACAAGCGCAAUAAUUUGCCUUGGAUUGAAAAGUAUCGGCCUGUUAAGUUCGAUGAAAUUGUAGGCAAUGAAGAUACAGUCGCCCGCCUAUCCGUCUUCUCCACUCAGGGCAAUUCGCCAAACAUAAUAAUUGCGGGACCACCUGGCGUAGGCAAGACAACAACUAUACAGUGCCUGGCACGUAUUCUGCUGGGCGACAGCUACAAGGAUGCGGUGCUCGAGUUGAAUGCAUCAAACGAACGUGGAAUCGAUGUAGUGCGAAAUAAAAUCAAGAUGUUUGCCCAACAGAAGGUCACCCUGCCACGCGGCCGCCAUAAGAUAGUAAUCCUGGACGAGGCGGACAGCAUGACUGAGGGUGCACAGCAAUCGCUGCGACGCACCAUGGAAAUCUAUAGUAAUACAACGCGUUUCGCACUCGCCUGUAAUACGAGUGAGAAAAUCAUUGAGCCGAUUCAAUCGCGUUGCGCCAUGCUGAGGUUUAGCAAACUAUCGGAUGCCCAGGUGCUAGCCAAGCUAAUUGAGGUGUGUCAGCUAGAGCAGCUCAAGUACGAUGAGGAUGGAUUGGAGGCGAUUGUGUUUACGGCACAGGGCGAUAUGCGACAAGCUCUUAAUAAUUUGCAAUCCACGGCUCAGGGAUUCGGUGAAAUUACGGGCGCCAAUGUUUUCAAAGUUUGUGAUGAGCCGCAUCCGAUGCUGUUGCAGGAUAUGUUGCAACAUUGUGCCAGCAAUGAUAUACACAAGGCGUACAAGAUCUUGGCGAAAUUGUGGCGCCUUGGCUAUGCACCGGAGGAUAUUAUUGGUAAUAUAUUUCGCGUCUGCAAGAGGUUGAAUGUGGACGAACAGCUGAAGUUGAACUUCAUAAGAGAAAUUGGCAUUACGCACAUGAAGAUUGUCGAUGGUUGUAAUUCGCUGCUGCAGUUGACUAGCCUAUUGGCGCGUUUGUGCAUGACCGCCGAGUCGCAUUAGCAUUAAACAUUUCAAUUUUUUAU